AAGCUGUCUUAAAAAAACCGAAGAAAUGCUUUCAAUGUUUUUUUGGUUGAGUGAUUGCAGAAGCUAGAGAGAGAGAGAGAGAGAGUCAAGAAAGUCUUCUCCUUCACACCUUCCCUUUUUGCGAACCUCUUCUCCUUUUAAGAUGAUGCUGGAAGAAUCUCGCCUUUGACAACUCAUUCACUACCCUCUCUCUCUUCUAAAGGAAGAUCCGUUUUGCUUUUUCGCUUCCUCAUCAUCCUCUCUCUCUUUCAUUUCCUCCUCUGUUUUUGUUUUUCUCUCAGUUAAGAAAGCUUUCGUCUUCAAGCUUAAGAAAGGCAACUUCUUUUGGGGUCUUGUUGAGACUUGAGACGGUGGGAUUGUGCAGAAACGGAAACUUGACUAAUCUGGGUCUUUCCCAUUUUGGUUUCUAGGGUUUGAUUAGAGUCUUGUGAGGGAAUAAAAAUUAGGGUUUUAUUUAGUUUAAAGACAUGGAGGAGGAGAUAGAAGGAACCAACAGAGCAGCUGUAGAGAGUUGCCAUAGAGUUCUCAACCUCUUAUCCAGCAGACCACGUCAGCAAGAUCAUCUGUACGACAUGAGCUUAGUGUCUGAAACUAGAGAAGCUGUGUUUAGGUUCAAGAGAGUGGAGAAUCUGUUAGGCAGCAGCAGCAGCAGCAGCAGAAGUGUGGGUCAUGCCAGGUUUAGAAGAGCAAAGAAGCCUCAGACCCAUUUGUCUCAAACCACUUUCCUUGAUCCUUGUCUCCAAAGAACAGAACUAUCAUCAUCUCAGACACCACCGGUUAUGCUCCGGUCUGAUUUGAGCUUGGGACCCACUGAUUCUCUCACUUUAGGUUUAAGCUCAAAUGCAAAAGCCCCUCCUCUCCUUCAGCUUAACCAGCAGGCAGUGUCUCCUUCUGGUUAUCCCAAUUUGUUUCCAGAACAUCGACAGCAGCAGCAACAACAGUUACAUGAACGGUUACAGGCUCACCAUCAUCACCACCAGCAGCAGCAGCAGAGGCAUCAAGCUGAGAUGAUGAUGCUUAGGAAGUGCAACAGCGGGAUAAGUUUGAGCUUCGAUAACUCGAGCUGUACACCGACCAUGUCAUCCACUAGGUCCUUCAUCUCAUCGCUUAGCAUAGAUGGUAGCGUCAACAACUCCUCCUUCCAUUUGGUAGGGGCUCCGAGUUCAACUGAUCAGAGUUCACAGUACUCUAAGAGAAAAUGCCUCAUGAGAGGUGGUAAUGAACAUGGUAGCAGAUGCCACUGCUCUAAGAAGAGGAAGCAUCGGGUUAGGAGAUCGAUUAGAGUGCCUGCUAUAAGUAACAAGGUUGCAGAUAUCCCUCCUGAUGAUUAUUCGUGGCGAAAAUAUGGUCAGAAACCCAUCAAGGGCUCUCCUUAUCCCAGGGGAUACUAUAAAUGCAGUAGCAUAAGAGGUUGUCCAGCGAGGAAGCACGUUGAGAGAUGUUUGGAAGAUCCGGCAAUGCUUAUUGUUACUUAUGAAGCAGAGCAUAACCAUCCCAAAUUGCCAUCUCAGACCGUGACAACUUAACUUUCAUUUUAUCAUGCGACUUCUCUCCUUUGUUCGCUGUGAUGAUCGACCUUGAUUUUUUGCUCCAGUAUUGUGUGAUAUAUGAUGGGAGCAAUGCUUUUGUUGGGGUGGAUUUGCUUUGUGGUAAAGAGUUUAAUGCAGUUGUUGGGUUUGGGUUAAUGAGUAAAUGUAGUCAAGACUCUUUUGUUUCUCAAGUGUAUUGCUCUUUAAUGAUUUGAAGUUCUGUUCUCAA